AUGUUGGAACUUUCGGCAAGUUCUGUGUCAGAACCUGGUAGCCGGCCACCAUCGCACUACAGAGCCCUCUCAAGUCCUGAUCCCCUUGGUCUUCACAGCAGUCCAGGUCCAUGCAGAUUAAGUGGAAGUGACUCAGUCAGUGACUUAAGCCAGACAGGAUCAAAUACAAAUCGCAGUAAGGUAUCUUCUGUGUAUAAUGAAGAUAUGGUUCAGGGAGAGCCUCCUGGAACCCCCCCUCCACCAUACGGCUACUUACCUGCAGAUGAAGCAGAUGAAAAUUAUUCAGUAAUCAUGGAUGAUUGUGAUGGUGGGGGAGAGUUUGCACCUUCUGCUCCCCCCCUCCCUUCCCUCCCUGGCCCUCCCCUGCCCAGCAGACCAUCCUUACCUGGCCUGCCGCCCAAGCCAGGGUCGCAUCAUGCAAGCCCUUUUGCUUCUCAAGUUACAAGCCCUACCAGCCCAGAUGGACAGGUAACCCCAACCAGCAUGGCUGGUUUGCUGCCAACACAACCCAUAUUAAGCAUGGAAGAUGAGGAAUUUUCUGAUCCAGAACCUCUUGAAGACCAUGGACCAUUCCAGUCACUAAGUAAACUUUGGAACCACAAUGCUUACCUCUCAGUCUUCAUGAACUACGUCAUUUCAAAUUGCGACUCCUCCAGUCUGUUUUUCUACGUAAUAACCCAUCUCUAUAAGGAAGGAGUUGGAAAAGAAAUGAAAAGAUGGGCCUACGAGAUAACUUCUUGUUUUCUUUUGCCGGGUGCCCCUCUCCGACUUAGUAAUGUAGAAGAAAGUGUUCUUCAUGAGAUUGAUGAGACACUACAUAAUGAAUUAGACAAGGAAGAAAUACUAAGAAAGGUAUUUUGGAAAGCAAGACAACGAUGCCGGGAAGAUUUGAAUGAACAGUUGGCAGAUUUCCGCAACAAGAGGAGUGCUGGCCUAGGUUCCAUAUUUGGUCCUAGAGACCAUGUUUUGGAGGAGAGCAUUCACAAUAAAGCCAAAGAACUACAGAUUGUGGAACAUCUUUUAGUGCCUUGCCUUGAGAGCGUGUCGGAGGAUCUGAAGAAUGCCACAGACCAAAUGUUAGUAACAGCCUCUAGUCUAGCCACCAUCCUGUUGAAAUACUAUGGGGUGCGAAGUCAGCAAGCUCAUACUCUUAUUGAUAGAUGUCCGCUCUUUGUAAGCAAGGAGCGACCACUAAGAAGCAAAAUCUUUAGGGGAAAUAAAAAGCAAGUUUACCGAGAACACCAGUUUAUCCAACAUACAUAUUACAGUGUAACAUAUUGUAAUCACUGUGGCCUCAUUAUCUGGGGUAUUGCCCCCCAGGGGUACCAAUGUGCCAAUUGUGAAAUGAAUAUCCAUAAGUCAUGUGCCAAGCAGGUAGAAGAGGUGUGUAUAGGGCAGCUCCACAAAAAAGACAGAAGCAGAGACAUACGAUUCAGCUCUAUUCUGGGGAAGAUCAUGCCUGACGACAAAGACAACAGGCGGAAAGUCUCACAAGUCAAUGCUACACAGACACAGAGACACUUAGGCACAGACAAGUACAAGCACUAG